CCGAGUUAUCAUCUUGAAUGCGAGAAGAAGAACAAGAAGCACUUCUAGCCAUAUGGCGAUCAUUCUGCUGCUCCUACUGAGCAGCCUCACGCCCUUCCAGGCGGCCGCCCAGUUCGCCGUAUUCUGCGACAACGUCAAGGCCGUGGCCGCCACCCUCCCCAACAAAACCUCCUCAUCCCCGGUACACUUCGCCACCGCCAUCGUCGGCCAGGCUCCCGACGUUGUCUACGCGCUCGCCCUCUGCCGCGGUGACAUCCUCGAUGACUCCACCUGUGCCAACUGCAUCGCCAACAAGUUCGAAAUCAUCUCCAACGCUACGCCACCUGGCGUGCAGUGCUACGGGGCCGGCUUCUACUACGCCGACUGCACCAUCGUCUACAACGCCACCGACAUCCUUGGCGAAAUCGACGACGGUGUUCUGCGCUUGGAAAGAUGGAACGUCAAGAACGUCACCGGCGACGUGCCCCUCAUCGCUGGCCUCAUCCACGACCUGCUGCUGGGGACCGUGGAGAAGGCCAGUGCAGCACCGAGGCGGUUCGCCACGGGGGUCGUGGACAGCGGCACCAACUUUCCGAAGGUGUACUCCCUGGCGCAGUGCACGCCGGACCUAUCCGCCGGCGACUGUCUGGCGUGCCUCCGUCGCCUCCUCGGCAUGGUCAACUCCACCAUGGCCCUUCGCAUGGGUGGGCAGAUGAGUUUUAUACGGUGUAAUUUCAGAUACGAUGCGUCGCAGUUCUACCAAGGCCAACCCAUGCUAAUUCUCGGGCCGCCGUCGCCACUACCUCCGAUUCCGAGUGAACACAAGAGGCGUAUGAGCAAGCUGUGGGCAAUUCCCAUAGUUCUAGUUCCUCUAGCUGCAGUAACAUUUCUGUGCGUCUUCUUAUACUCUCGUCGGCUCAAGAAGCAAAGAAAAGGCAAAGUGCUGAGACUACAAGGAUCAAGGCGUUUUGAGGAUUCGGCACGAGAGGAACAACUAGUUUGGCAAGGAAAAAAUUCAGACUUCUCCGUGUUUGACUUUGAACAGCUACUAGAGGCGACAAAUAAUUUUUCAGAAGAAAACAAACUUGGACAAGGUGGAUUUGGUGCUGUCUACAAGGGCAAGCUUCCUGAUGGAUUGGAUAUAGCAGUGAAGAGACUUGCUUCACAUUCAGGACAAGGUUUCACAGAGUUCAAAAAUGAAGUCCAACUCAUAGCCAAACUCCAGCAUAGUAAUUUGGUUAGGCUCAUGGGAUGUUGCUCUCAGGAAGAGGAGAAAAUAUUGGUUUAUGAAUACUUGCCAAACAAAAGCUUGGAUUUCUUCAUCUUUGAUGAAAAGACAAGAGCUUUACUAGAUUGGUCCAAUAUCAUAGCAAUAAUUGAAGGAAUAUCGCAUGGACUUCUUUACCUACAUAAGCACUCCCGUCUGCGUGUCAUACAUCGAGAUCUUAAACCAAGCAAUAUUCUCUUGGACAACGAAAUGAAUCCAAAGAUUUCAGACUUUGGGCUAGCAAAAAUAUUCACCUCAAAUAACAAUGAAGGAAACAUCACAAGAAGAGUGGUUGGUACAUAUGGCUAUAUGGCGCCUGAGUAUGCUUCAGAGGGCAUCUUCUCUAUUAAAUCCGAUGUCUUCAGCUUUGGUGUUAUUAUGUUCGAGAUACUUAGCGGGAUACGGAAUUCGGGAAGCAAACAAUGUGGAGAUUUCAUCAACCUUCUUGGAUAUGCGUGGCAAUUGUGGGAAGAAGGAAGGUGGGCUGAUAUCGUUGAUGCAACAUUGCUUCCCAAAAUUAACUUGGUGAAGAUGAUGAGGUACAUUAACAUAGCCUUGUUGUGUGUACAAGAGAAUGCAGAAGAUCGACCAACCAUGACAGAUGUUAAAUCAAUGCUGAGUAGUGACACUAUGAUCCUUGCUGAGCCCAUGCAACCGGCGUACUUCAAUGUUAGGGUAGGAAAUGAAGAGCCGUCCACCACUACUGAGUCAUGUAGUAUUAAUGAUAUGACCAUAUCUGUUGUAGUUGGGAGAUAGAGUUUUAGACGUGUUAUGUGGUUUCUAGUAUCCUAAUGUAUAUUCAUGUGAAAGUUUAACUGGUCGCUGCCUUCCUAUUUGGAUA